UAUCCGCAUGCGUAUUACGGGAGAUGAAAAUGGUGCAUUUGAAACUAUCGGAAAUUAAGCUGUUAUGACUGGCGGAAUACAUCCACACGAGACAAUAAUGGCAAGUUUUAUUUUUAACUUGAAAUAAUGGGCUAUAUGGAAAAACAUAACAUGACUGGAUUAUAUAGAAAGAAGCAAAAAGAAAAAUAAGAUGAUUUUAAACCGUCUGAAAACCUCAAACAUCGCAAAACACGUUAACAUUUAUUUUCUACAUAAGCACUUGAAGGCAGCACGAGAAGGAACAGGAAAUGAAAGCUUUAUUUUGGACAGACAAUUUGACCCGAGCAGACGGUGCAGCACGUAGCUUUUCAUCCAUCCUGCUGUCCUGGCUGCCAGAUCUCCUCCCUAAGCCCUCAGUCCUGAGCCCGGCAUCUAGUCUCCACCAUGGACAACCUAGAGGAGGACCUGACGUGCUCUGUGUGCUACUGUCUGUUCUCGGACCCGCGAGUCCUGCCGUGCUCACACACCUUCUGUAAGAACUGCCUGGACAACUUGCUCCAGGUGUCCACCAACUAUUCCAUCUGGCGUCCGCUCCGCCUGCCGCUAAAAUGCCCCAACUGCCGCAGCGUGGUGGAGCUGCCCCCGAUGGGCGUCGAAGCUCUGCCCAGCAACGUAUGUCUGCGGGCCAUCAUCGAGAAAUACCAGAGCGACAGCACACCGCGACCCCCUUCCUGUCAGGAGCACCACAAGCAGCCUCUGAACAUGUAUUGCAUCCAGGACCGGCAGCUGAUCUGUGGGCUGUGUCUGACUGUCGGGCAGCACCAGGGCCAUCCCAUAGACGACCUGCAGACGGCAUUCAUCAGAGAAAAACAGACCCCAUCGCUCCUGCUGACCAGACUCUCUGAGCAGAGAUGGGCACAGGUGUGUGAGCUGGGGGAGCAGCUGGAGCAGGAGAAGGCCCGCUGUGAGGGUCUGGUGAGGCAGGACCGACAGGAGGUCAAUGAGUUUUUUCAGACCCUGGAGGUGGUGCUGGCCAGGAAGAAACAAGCCUACCUGGAGGCCCUGGAAAAAGCUGGUGCGGAGGUGUCCCGGGCCUAUGACCCACUCAUUCUCAAAGUGAAGGAGCUGCAGGAAGAGCAGUUGGACCUGGUGUCCUUGGGUUCAUCAGUGGAGGAGGAGGACUCGCCGCUGGUCUUCCUGGAGCAGGUGCAUUUGUUCAGAGAGAGGGUGGAGGAGUUUAUUAAAACCCCUCUUCCCUCAGUGCUAAACCUCUCAGUCACCCCGAGAGCAGCAGAGCACCUCCAGCAGAACUGGCCUGCCGUGACUAUCGGGAGCCUGGAUCAAGCGCCCGUCCCUAAGGUGUGCUGCUGCACCAGAUGUGGCGGUGUGGAGGCUGGCGUAGAAACUGAAGCUGAAAGGGAUCGGACCGACAGCUGGGGGCAGAACUUGUGGUGUGAGCUGCAGCCGACUUCUUCAGUGGUGCUGCUAGGGCUGCUGCUACUGCUGCUGCUGGCAGUGCUGUGGGUCAACCCGGUCGGAGGGGCGUCGCUCGGGUUCUCUCUGCUCUCUCAGUUCAGUCAGUUGGUCCAUGGCCAUGGCAGUGAACUGUACACAUCUGUGUGGGACUCUGUGGGGUCAGCGUACACAGUGAUUCAUGAUGCUGGAGAAAGAUGGAGGGCUUACUUCCGCACAGUGGAUGAAACGGUCUUCCGGCUGCUGGUUGACUUCUUUAAAAGUCUGACAUCCAAAUGAAACAUGGCAAACUGAAGUCUUCAACGUUUAUAUUGAAGCUGAAAGUCUCACUUCUGCACUACCUUAAAAUACCUUUUUAAACACCUGCUACUGCUAUUGUCCUGGGACAUUCAAGGCAGGUUCAGGGGGAAUUGUUACUACAAAUUUGAUCAUUAUGAAAUUGAAUUAUAACCGUAAGUUAAUCACCCUUUAGCUUCACUUCAAAGAUUCCCAGUCGUCCUAUGCAGACCUGGGGAAAACAUGACGAGACACAUUUCUCUAAAAGUCCGAGCAGUUUAUGUAGCUGUAAAUCUCUUAAUGUAUUGUGUUAUGUUAAAACUGCUUCUCUAAUAAGUAUUUAUCACAUCAAACACUAAUCAGACAAAGGUUUGCAAAAAGGAAAGUGGACAAGUGUUCAGUAAAUAUUAGACUUUCGUGGGACAUUUCAGUAGCUUUCCUGUGCCGUCAGAGCUACACAUGUAUCUCCUCACACUCGACUGGAGCUGUAUGUGAACUUCAGAGUGGACGCAGUGGCGCUGAGAUCAUGUUGCUGUGAUGCAGAGUGCCUUUAACCCUCACCUCACCUAAUAGCCUUAUUGUACUGGAUUGUGAUUCCACCAGGACCAAUCGCUCAGUGCUCUUUUUACUACAAUGGGGCAUUGAUAUAUAAACACAUUCUUUUUAAAAAUAUUAUAGCCUUCGGAAAAGCUUUACCAGUGCGGUUUAGCAUCCCACAAAUGUUACUAUAUUUUACUUAAGCAGACGUCAGCAGGGCAGAUCCUUACUGAAACACGAGCUUGAUUAGUCAAAUAUUAUUUAUGUACACAUGUAUUGUGCAAACUAUACUUAAAAGCACCACAUACUGACAUUUUGAUGAAUGUAAGAAUUUUAUAACAUGUAUUUUUUUUCUUAACUUCUCAGUUCCUGUAUUUAAAAGUCAUAAUAAAUGGUUGAAUGCUU